CAGACCUGCGCUAACCUCCCUCUGUGCCCAGCCGGGGGGACUGUCUUCGGGGGCUGGAACCAGCCGCUGGGGCAGCCCCGGGCUCUGCCGACACCAGCCCCUGAGCCGGAGCCUGCAGGCUGGAAAAUAACAUCCAGGUUUCAGUCCACAUUUUCCCACUCUCCCUGGGGAGAGUGAAGGGAAAUGGCUGCAGCCAAACAGGCACAGGAAAGAAAUUCUCUGGGAGCAGGUGUGUGUGAGGGUCCCUACCAGUGUCCCUGAUUUCCCUCUCAUGCCAGGGAUGUUGUGUGCCCCUCCAUUACACUUAAUAAAACCACCAACUUUUUCUCCUCAGGUAGUUAGUGAUUAGAUACUGUUCUAAUUCCUUGAUAGAUGAGGCCCAGUCCUCUAUUGAGCUAACAAACAAGUCCAUUUUCUCCAAACAUUCAGACAUAUUCCACUUUAUCCCUGGGUUCAGAUCCGAUCCGCAUAACCAAUUGUUGCGUCUUUUGUUCUUUACACAACAAAAAGAAACUUGUAGAAACCCCAUGCUCAGUUGAGUUCCAAAUAACCAUACUUAAUUAACUAGUGCAGAUAUCCAAAGCCUAACUUCGUUCACUGCUGUUCUGACAUUUUUGGAGCUUUCUAAAACUAGAACAUGGUGCAGGCUGACAAACUAUUUAUAGGGACGCUACAUUUUCUUUAACGUGGAACUGGAAGAUGUGGGAAAGGCCCAGCAGGAAGAGUUAGAAAUUACUCACUAUGAGGAAAAGGCCACAUGUUCAGAGGUUUAUCAAAGACCUACUGCCAACCUGCAGAGCUCUGAAACCAAGAGUCAGUCCAGAACAUCAAGAGACAGGCAUAGAUUCAUAAGUUCUGAGGUCAUAAUGGACCAUUGUGAUCAUCUACUCAGACCUUCUAUAUAAUGCAGGCCAUAGGACUUCCCUGUAUUAAUUUCUGGUUGAAAUAGAGUGGAUCUUUUAGAAAAACAUCUGAUCUUGAUUUUAAAAUUUGCAGUAAUGGAGGAUCCACUGCAAACCUUGGUAAGUUUUCCCUGAUGCUUAAUUACCCUCUCUGGUAGAAAGAUUGCACCUAAUUUCUAGUCUGAAUUUCUAUUGCUUCACCUUCCAGGCACUGUAUAUCUUGUACUUUUGUCUGCUAGAUUAAAGAGCCCAUUAUCAAAUAUCUGUUCCCCAUAUGGGUACCUGUAGAUGAGGAUCAUGUAACCAUUUAAUCAUCUGUUUGAUAAGCUAAAUGGACUGAGCUUAUUGGGUCUAUCAAUAUAUCAAUUGGGUUUUCCAAUCGUUUAAUCGUUCUUGUGGUUCUUUGAGCCCUUUCCAAUUUUUCAGCAUCAUUCUUGAACUGGGGAUACCAGAACAGGACAUAGUAGUCAAGUAGCAGUGGCACCAGUAAUACACAGCGAGGAUUUCCCAUUCCCAAACUUGUUGUGAUCUCCCAGGGAAGAGACAUGGGUCCAAGAUCUCCAGGACUCUGAGGAGAGGGAGAUCCAGAGAAACAGCCACACAGGUGAUGGGAUGGUGAGUGAGAACAAGGAGGAGCAUCCUCAGCAGGAAGGUCCUGAGCAAAUGGAAGCACAAAGAACACUAUCGGGAAGAUCUGAAGGGGACUUUUUCUGGAGUCCUGAGCAGGGAGAAUCCUGUGGAAAUCAGCACAGGCCAGAAGUGCAGCAGGGAACCUCCUCAGGAGAGAGACAACAGGGUAAAUCCACUGACCAAGGGGUUGGCUUGAAGGACUUUCCUGGAGACAUGAUCCAGCCAGGAAUCUGCACUAAAGGGAAACCAUAUGAAUGCGCUGAGUGUGGAAAAAUCUUCAGUAAUGACUCAUCCCUGAUUGUUCAUCGGCGAGUCCACACAGGAGAGAGACCCUAUAACUGCUUGGAGUGUGGGAAAUCCUUCACUCGGAGCUCCACCCUUGUCGUGCAUCAGAGGGUGCACACAGAAGAGAAACCCUAUAAAUGCCCCGACUGCGGGAAAAGCUUCAAGCGGAGUUCAAUCCUGAUUUCACACCAGAAAAUCCAUACAGGAGAGAGACCUUAUAACUGCCUGGAAUGUGGGAAAAGUUUCAAUCAAGGCUCAAACCUAAUUAAGCAUCAGAGAAUCCACACAGGAGAGAGACCCUAUAACUGCCUUGAGUGUGGGAAAAGUUUUAUUCGGCACUCACACCUCAUUAGACAUCAAAGAAUGCACACUGGAAAGAUGCCAUAUAAUUGUCCUGACUGUGGAAAAAACUUUAGUGAUGGCUCAGCUGUUGUUAGACAUCAGAGGAUCCAUACUGGAGAGAGACCCUAUAAAUGCCUUGAGUGUGGGAAAAGCUUCAAGCAGAGCUCAGACCUCAUGAAUCAUCAGAGAAGCCACACAGGAGAAAAACCCUAUUACUGCCCAGAGUGUGGGAAGGGGUUCAGUCGGAAGGCUCACGUUAUUUCGCACCAGAAAAUGCACAGGCCAGAGAGAUCCUAUAACUGCCUCGAGUGUGGGAAAAACUUCACUAGGAGCUCUGACCUCAUUAGACACCAGAAAACCCACACUCAAAAGACACCCUCUAAAUGUUCUGUGUGUCGAAAAAGCUUCCAGCAGAGGUCAGAACGUAUUUCACAUCAGAGAGCCCCCACAACAAAGAGAAACUAUAAAUGUUCUGUUUGUGGGAAAAGCUACAAGGUGAAGAUCUCUCUAAUGUCCCAUCAGAAACUCCAUGCAGCUCAUGCUGAACGUGUGCCUGGCAGUCUGGGUGCCCUUUGCAAGGCGGCUGCUGAGGGAGUGUUCGCCUCCCUUCUCCUAGUGGUGCUGCAGUCUGAGUGGGAAUCAGGAGCCUGGGGAGAUGCCCUGCGGACCAGAGAGCCCAUCGCUCGAGAGAGUCCCCCAGUGCAAGAGACCCCCGAGCUCAGACACAGCCCUGGCGGGCACCAGGGCCGCUGCUCUACAUGGCGCAGGAAAACAGCAACCGGAUCUCCUGUCCAGAGGGGGGAAGGAGAAUGGAGGGGGGAAGAGAGGAAAAGUGUGGGAAAGGAGAAGCUGGAAAAUAACAUCCAGGUUUCAGUCCACAUUUUCCCACUCUCCCUGGGGAGAGUGAAGGGAAAUGGCUGCAGCCAAACAGGCACAGGGACUGACUCCUAUCUGGAUUCUGUCUCUGUCACAUCAGGUGAUGGGAUGGUGAGUGAGAACGAGGAGGAGCAUCCUCAGCAGGAAGGUCCUGAGCAUAUGGAAGCACAGAGAACACUAUCGGGAAGAUCUGAAGGGGACAUUUCCUGGAGUCCUGAGCAGGGAGAAUCCUGUGGAAAUCAGCACAGGCCAGAGGUGCAGCAGGGGACCUCCUCAAGAGAGAGACAACAGGGUAGAUCCACCGACCAAGGGGUUGGUUUGAAGGACCUUCCUGAAGAGAUGAUCCAGCCAGGAAUCUGCACUAAAGGGAAACCAUAUGAAUGUGCUGAGUGUGGAAAAAUCUUCAGUAAUGACUCAUCUCUGAUUGUUCAUCAGCGAGUCCACACAGGAGAGAGACCCUAUAACUGCUCGGAGUGUGGGAAAUCCUUCACUCGGAGCUCCACCCUUGUUGUGCAUCAGAGGGUGCACACAGAAGAGAAACCCUAUAAAUGCCUCGACUGCGGGAAAAGCUUCAAGCGGAGAUCAACCCUUAUUUCACACCAGAAAAUCCACACAGGAGAGAGACCUUAUAACUGCCUCGAAUGUGGGAAAGGCUUCAGUGAACGCUCAAACCUAAACAAACAUCAAAGAAUCCACACAGGAGAGAAACCCUAUAACUGCCUUGAGUGCGGGAAAAGUUUCACUUGGAGUUCACACCUCAUUAAACAUCAGAGAAUGCACACUGGAAAGAUGCCCUAUAAUUGCCCUGACUGUGGGAAAGGCUUCAGUGACAGCUCAGCUGUUGUUAGACAUCAGAGGAUCCAUACUGGAGAGAGACCCUAUAAAUGCCUUGAGUGUGGGAAAAGCUUCAAGCAGAGCUCAAACCUUAUGAAUCAUCAGAUAAUCCACACAGGAGAAAAACCAUAUUACUGCCCUGAAUGUGGGAAGGGGUUCAGUCGGAAGGCUCACGUCAAUUCACACAGGAAAAUACACAGGCCAGAGAGAUCCUUUAACUGCCUUGAGUGUGGGGAAAACUUCUCUAGCAGCUCUGACCUCAUUAAACAUCAGAAAACCCACACUGGAAAGACACCAUAUAAAUGUUCUGUCUGUCAAAAAAGCUUCAAGCAGAGGUCAGAACUUAUUUCACAUCAGCGAGCUCACACAAAGAGAAACUAUAAAUGUUCUGUCUGUGGGAAAAGCUACAAGGUGAAGAUCUCUCUAAUGUCCCACCAGAAACUUCACACAGAAGAAAAAACGUACGAUUGUGCUGAGUGUGGGAAAAGCUUCAGUUGGAGAUCACAUCUUAUUGUACAUCAGAGAAACCACACGGGGGAGAAACCCUAUAACUGCCCCGAGUGUGGGAAAAGCUUCAGUCGGCGCUCUACCCUGAUUAUACAUCAGAGAGUCCACACGGGAGAAAAACCCUACAAGUGUCACGACUGUGGGAAGAGCUUCAAGCGCAGCUCAGAACUUCUUUCACAUCGACGAACCCACACAGGAGAGAAACCCCAUAAUUGCCCCGACUGUGGGAAAACCUUCAGUGAUGGCUCAAACCUCAUUAAGCAUCAGAGAAUCCACACAGGACAGAAACUCUAUAACUGCCCUGAGUGUGGGAAGAGCUUCAGUCGGUGCUCACACCUUAUCACUCAUCAGAGAAUCCACACGGGAGAGCGGCCCUUCUACUGCCCUGAGUGCGGGAAGGGGUUCAGUCGCAAGGCUCAUGUCAUUACACACCAGAAAACCCACACUGGAGAGAGACCCUUUAGCUGUCCUGAGUGUGGGAAAAGCUUCAUUCGGAGCUCAGACCUCACUAUACAUAAAAGAAUCCACACAGGAGAGACACCUUAUAAAUGUUCCGUCUGUGGGAAAAGUUUCAAGCAGAGCUCAGAACUUAUUUCACAUCAGAGAAUCCACACAGGAGAGCGCCCUUAUAAUUGCCCCAACUGCAAGAAAAGCUUCAGUAACAGCUCUGACCUUAUUGUGCAUCGGAGAAUCCACACAGGAGAGAAGCCCUAUAAAUGCUCCGAUUGUGGGAAAAGCUUCAGUCACAGCUCGGCCUUUAUUAGACACAGGAAAAUCCACACUGGCCUCAGGCCCUAUAACUGCCCGGAGUGCAGGAAAAGUUUUGCUCAGAAAUGGCACCUUAUUAGACACCAGAGAAUAAUCCACAAUGGAGAGAAAAUCUAUAAAUGCCUCGAGUGUGGGAAAAGCUUCAGUCGUAGCUCAAACCUCAUUGCGCAUCAGAGAGUCCAUACAGGAGAGAGACCCUAUAAAUGCCCAGAAUGUGGGAAAAGCUUCAGCCGUGGCUCAAACCUCAUUGCACAUCAGAGCAUCCAUACGGGAGAGAGACCCUAUAAAUGCGCUGAAUGUGGGAAAAGCUUCAGCCGCAGCUCAAACCUCAUUGUACAUCAGAGUGUCCAUACAGGAGAGAGACCCUAUAAAUGCCCCGAGUGUGGGAAAAGCUUCAGUUGUAGCUCACAUCUCAUUGUACAUCAGAGAGUCCAUACAGGAGAAAGACCCUAUAAAUGCUUCGACUGUGGGACAAGCUUCAGUUGUAGCUCACAUCUCAUUGCACAUGAGAGAGUCCAUACCGGGGAGAGACCCUAUAAAUGCCUUCAAUGUGGGAAGAGCUUCAGCUGUAGCUCACACCUCAUUGCACAUCUGAAUGUCCAUACAGGACAGAGACCCUAUAGAUGCCUCAACUGUGGGAAAAGCUUCAGUGGUAGCUCAAACCUCAUUGCACAUAAGAGAGUCCAUACAGGAGAGAGACCCUAUAAAUGCCCCAAGUGUGGGAAAAGCUUCAGUCGUAGCUCACAUCUCAUUACACAUCAGAAACGCAUCCACACCGGUGAAAAGCCCUUCAAGUGCCCUGAGUGUGGGGAAUCCUUCAGCCAGAGCUCCCAUCUGUCAAAGCACCGGCGCAGCCACACGGGGGAGCGCCCUUACCGCUGCCCAUACUGCGGGAAAAGCUUCGUCUGGGCCUCUCACCUGGAGCGGCACCGGCGGGUCCACACGGGUGAGCGUCCCUUCCCCUGCACCAGCUGCGGGGAGCGCUUCGCCCAGAAGGCCCACCUGCUCCAGCACCGCAAGACCCACUCCCCCGACCGGCCUUACAAGUGCAGGGAUUGCGGCAAGCGCUUUGGGGACAACGCUGCUUUCCUGGCCCACCAGCAGGGCCACGCGGCGGAGAAGAGCUACAAGUGCAGCGACUGCGGGAAAGGCUUCGCCUGGGUCUCCCACCUGGAGCGGCACCGGCGCAUCCACACCGGAGAAAAGCCUUUCAAAUGCCCCGAGUGCGGGGAAUCCUUCAGCCAGAGCUCGCAUCUCACCAAGCACCAGCGCAGCCACCUGGGCAAGCGGCCCUACAAGUGUAGCGAGUGCGGGAAGGCCUUCGGCCUCACUCUCGACCUCAUCAUCCACCAGCGGACCCACAUGGGCGGCAAACCCUAUAAGUGCUCCCAGUGCAGGAAAGGAUUCACCCGCCGGGCCAACCUCAUCAAACACCAGAGAAGCCAUGGGGAGGAGGAGCCCUGAGGGGAUUCACAGACUGGGCUGCAGGGUGGAGGGAGCCAAAGGGGGUAGGAUAAACAUGACAGUUGGAGGCUAACAAGAGCUUGUGUGGCGGGGAAUGGUAUAAAUGUGAGGCUCAGAGGCUAACAGGAUACAGGGAGGGUGUAGAUGUGAUACUUGGCUGCUAAUGAGGUGGGGGAGCAGUAUAAAUGUGACACAGGGAGGCUAAUGGGGAACAGUAUAAAAGUGACACAUUGAGGCUAAUGUGGGGGAACAGUAUAAAUGUGUCACGGAGGCUAAUGUGGGGGAACAGUAUAAAUGUGUCACGGCGGCUAAUAAGGUGGGGGAACGGUAUAAAAGUGAUACAUGAAGGCUAAUGGUUGGGGAACAAUAUAAACGUGGCACACAGAUGCAGUAUAAAUGACCCUUGGCGCAGCUACCUUGAGAUUCCCUGUGUCUCACAGUAAGGUUGCCAGUUUUGGUGGGAUGUAUUCCUGGAGGUUUCAUCGCAUGACGUAAUCUUUAAUUAAAGAUUAAUCUCUAAUUCCUGGAGACUCCAGGACAAUCCUGGAGGGGUGGCAAACCUAGUCCCUCGAAAGGCAUUUCCAGAUGUCUCAGAGCGUGUCAACUGGCCUGGCCCACCCCCAGUCACCAAGGGAGACAAAAAACCUGGCAGGCCAGCUAGUCAUCACCUCCUGCUCCCCAUUUGCUAUGGGGUCCUGUGUAGGGAUAAUGGAGAUUUAAACAGGUUCUGCUGCACUCCCCCCUCCCCCCUGCAACAUGCCCAGGAUGGCCCAAACCCUCAAAGGUAUUUAUUCCUUUGAUAUCAGUGGAUUUUAGGAGCCUAAAUAUCAUUGAGGUUCUGGGCCAACAUCCGCAGAGUGAGAAAAGCCUCCACCGGGAUCAGAACUGCAGAUGCUGCUGUGACUUGCCCUUGCCUGUGAGAGCAGCUGCCAGCAGAUAAGGGGUUCAGGCCGGGCAGGCAGUGGCCGCAGCAAGGCCAUUGCUUUGCUCCAGCAGAUCUGAGCUCCCUGAGGACAGAAUUAGUUCCUUUUGUCACCAGAUCCCAGCAUGGCUCCCCAGAGGCCUGUCAUCUCCCAACCCCUGUAGGAAUGUCCGUCUGACGCUUCCAGGAGCCACGUUCUUGGAUAUUUUUUUUUUUGGAGUGCAUCUUGCUGAGUUUAGUUCUCCACCACUGAGUCGUAGACAAUGGUUUAUUUGUGACUUUUUUUGCUUUCUGUUGGAGGCAAAUAAAAUAGAAUGUAGUUUUACCAGC